AUGGGUUGCUUCGAUUGCCUCGAUGAAUCCGGAUCCGAACCUGAAGACGUAGUUGUCCCGCGCAUCCAUCCUCAAGUAGGUAACCCUGCGGAUGCUCAGGCCCCUUUAGGACGGUCCGACAGCGAAGGAAACGUGCCGGGAACUAUCCCUGAGCAAGUUGAGCCUGUCAGCACCGCACGUGGCCCACUCCCUCCAAGGGUUAGAGUAGUCAGGAAUGAAAACGGAGGUGUACAAGUUAUUGGCGACCUUGAGGGCGGCGAUCUCAUUUGGGACCCGGAACAAGGACGACUCCGUUACACCGACAACAGUGGAAGCCACUAUGUACUGGGAGGAGACGACCGUAGGCGAACUCAGCCAGCCCACGGUCAGUCAGGGAGGUCUCGACGCAACAGACGAGGGUCCACAGCCCUGAAUCGUCAACGCUCGUCCCCCGGUCCUGACGCAUCCACUGGAGCGAAUCAAGAAGCCGAGUCCGGACAAGGCGAUGAAGAAAGUGAUGAAUGGUCUGAUGCCGCCACUCUGGUCGAGGGAGAUGAGAUACGAGGCUCCCGUUCCCCUCGGCGCGGCCCAGACGGCUUCUCGAGCGGACGGAGCAGCAGGCGACCGGGCACGGGAUUCUCUAGAGGAUGGCAGAGUGGGGAUGGAUCUUCCGUCCAGAGCAACACUAUCAGCUCAAGGGGAACGUGGAAUCAGAUCAACUCUUUCAGCUCGGGGGGUACAUCAAACGUACAGAUCAGCUCUGUCAUGUCAGGGGGGAUCGCAAACCAAUUCAACAGCCCGCAUCAAAUCAAUUAUGCCGGUUCAGGCUUCCAAGUCAAUGGUGUCAUCGUAGACUACUACGGCGAUCCAAACUCUGGACCCGAUCUUUCAAAUGCUACGGUCCUCAACAUCAAUGGCGAACGGAACCCGGGGGGUCGUAUGCCUCGCAGGUAG